AUGAAUCACAUACCCCGGCUAUCAGAGGCUGUGUAUGUAGGUCUGUGUAGUGAAGUAGGGAGUCCUACAGAAGUGAGGAUCAGGAGAGAAGUGAUGGACACUGAGGAGAUGGUAAAUAAACCUGUGUACAUCAUGAAUGGACUCGAUAAAAUGAUGAGUGGGAGUAAACGUGAAGGCUUUAAAAUGAGAACUUCAGACAUUGAUUGGAUGUUAUGGCCUCCAGAUCACAAGAAUAACAUGUUUAGACUGAAAGUCACUGGUUCUGUACAAACCCCAUUGUUCAGUCAGUUGUAUGAUUUGUAUAGCAUGGGGAUAUCUUGUCAACUAUUAAGUGAAACAAUCAGAUCUUACCUCUGUAUUGCUAUAUUGAACAGAACACUGCGAGUCCAAACAGACGAGAGCCGUAUUAUAUCUAGGACAAAAUACAUGUCCUUUCAUUAUAUAUCAGAAUGGAUCAUAUGCCUCGUUUGUCAGAGGCUGGGGUAUGUAGGAUUGUGUCUAAAAAUAGGGAGUCCUUCAAUGGUGAGGAUGAGGAGAGAAAUGAUGGACACAAAUGAGGCGGUGAGUCAGCCUGUGAACAUACUGAAGGGAUUUGAUAGAAUGAAGAGUGGGAGUAAACGUGAGGGAUUCAGACUAGGGACUUCAGAUGCAGAUUUCAUGUUCUGGCCUCCAGACCACAAGGUGAUAUGUGAUCUCUCUCAGAUCAGUCUCUACCGUAUCCCACAACACACAGUGAUUCUGAUGGAGUGUGAUGAUCUACCACCGGGAUUUUCCAGACUUAACCUGAUGAGUCAAUCUAAUAGUUUACAAAUCAUUUCCUCUUGCCUAGUAGUGAAUAACAAAGCAUACAUUUCGAUUACAUUAUUCAGAGAUAACCAUUUGCGAUUCAUGAGGUCCGGCAAUAUUCCUUUGACCAAUGCUUUCCCACAUGGACCUUGUUCCACAUAUUCCUUAUUCCAAGAAGCAGAUACUGAUUUAGCGUUCUGUAUCCAAUCACAUCACUGGCCAAAGUUAGCGCUACCGUGGAUAGAAAGAUGUUGUGAACGGGGUUGGCCAGAACAGAAUGUUUUAGAUGGUAUAUUAAAUGGAGGAUUCCAUGUUGUCCCUAUCGGAAGUACAUCUGAAAAUGAACUCGAAUGGAUAAUCUCGUUCUCAAAAGCAGAACAUAAAGUCGUUUAUUCAAUGAAUCACUGUCAGUUUUUGUGUUAUGGUCUUUUCAAAAUUUUUCUGAAAGAAGUUGUUAAUGGCCGGACCAAUACAACCAUUCUCUGCUCAUACUUCAUAAAAACUAUCGUGUUUUGGGUCAUACAGACCGAUACGCCUUUGUCUUGGACACCUGAUAAUUUAUUGUCUUGUUUCUGGAAAAGCUUUAAAUUAUUGAUAUACAUGGUGCUUACUGGAAAUUGUCCAAACUUUUUUAUUCCACAAAACAACAUGUUUAGAGUGAAAGUCACUGGUUCUGUACAAAUCUCAUUGUUAAGUCAGUUGUAUGAUUUGUAUAGUAAGGGGAUAACAUGUCUACUAUUAAGUGAAACAAUCCAACCUUACCUCAAUCUUGCUUCAUUUAACAGGACAUUGAUAUUUAGUACUGACGAGAGCAGAAUUAUAUCAAGCACUGAUUUAGAUAGGUCUUUAUUUGUUGAAUUAUUAAUAUUUCAUCCAACAAUUCGGAAUGCUGAGGAAUUUGCAAUCUACAUAAAACAAAUAGAGAGAAUGACUAGUGGAGUGUUGACAUCGUAUCAGGCACUCAUGUUACAAUAUAUGACAACAUGUGUGCUAAGGAAUACUGCAAUGUUCUUACGCAGUUGUAUGUGCCUCAAUGAAAAUUGGAAUAAGGUUUGCUAUAAAGCAAAGAUAGCUGCUUUACUACAGCAGUCCUGUAAGUUUGGAUAUUCAUCUGAUAUUCUGUAUCUUGCUAUGUACUUCUACAGAACACAUAGGUAUGAAGACUCACUCAGUUGUUUACAUAAAGCGUAUGAGAGAAUGUCAUUGCCGUAUAUCAUGUAUAUGGAGCAUGUUAAUGUUUAUAUGUACAGUUAUUACAUGGAAAGGAAUACCCUGGGUACUAAGAUGAGGAGAGCUGUUGUUAGAAAUAUUGAUAUUUAUUGUGACUACAGUUACAUUGUUGAACUUGUAUUAGAGCAAGGGAUUAGUAAAAUGAAUAACAUGCUGACAAUACACAUCCCACCUCUAGUGAUGAUACACAUGUUGUUUAUACUUAAUUACCACAGACUGGGUGACACAGUCAGGUCACAACAAUCUCUUUGUGUUUUACAGACUGUGCUUUGCAAUGAUAAUAUAAUUUGUGUACCUCCUCUCCUAAGAGAUAUUUCGUGGCAAAUUCUGGGUAUCUGUCACCAAAUUUUAGGAAACUCUUUAGAAUCCCUACGAUGUUAUCAAUAUUCCUUACAACAAGAACCAUUUCAUAAGCUUCAGAAAGCAACAUUUAUAAGAAUAAACAGUCUCUUUCAUGUCUCCCUAAUGUAG